ACCGAGACGAAUACCAUUCAAUUAAUAAAGCUCUCUUACACACGCUCAUCGGCAGUCAGUCGGUGGGCGUGGGAGUGAUGCUGCCAGCUAGAGGCACAUCCAUCCAGCCCCUCCGAUUCCUGCCAAGCAGAAUCGGAUGCUGGAUAUGCUCAUGGUGCACCAUUCGCUCAUGCUCGUCCAACAACACAUACAGGCAGGUAGGCAGCUCUCGCUUUCAAACACCUUUGUAUGCACUCACGCCACACCACACCAUACCACACCACCCCACACGGCAUGACGUGACUGACACCCAUAUCUGUGUGUCUGUUGGUAUAUCUAAAAACCGCAGCGAGUGGCGCCAGCCAUCGAUAUUCCACUCACUCACGAGUGGUCUCUCCGGCUGGCGUAAAAAUACAACGCAGAGGCAGUACCAAUAGGUACGUAUGGAGCUCUGACUUUCACGCGGGGCACGCAGACAGACAGGCAGCCGGAAGCAGACAGACCAGUCAUGUCAUGACCCUCCCUCCUCUCGUGGGUGAGGUGACUGACUGACGGAGGGGACACGACUGGACUGUCUUUCUCGCACGCCCCGCCCCUGCGUUUCUCCCACCCCUCCCUCCCCUCCCCAUCCCUCUAUCUCUCAACGAGAAACAUUGCACACAGACGAGUGCAUGCCAUGCACACAUGGACUCUCUGCCGCUCUCCCAAGUGGCCGCGCUCUCAGCCCAUCCAGCGACUUGUGUGUGGUGCUGGACGGACUUGGGCGUGCCUCGCUCCCAUGACAUCCGCUCACUUGCGCUGGCGGGCGCCAGAGGCCUCGCCCAACGCCUUCUCCUCUGCAUAUACACACACAGAAGGCACGCACACAUACACAUGGCUUGCCCAUGUGUGUGUGGCCCCACCCCGUAGAUACGCAUAGGAAUGCAUACAUACCUUCUGCGAGUCUGCCCUCGAGUAUCUGGUUGUUGAGUUGGAGCUUGAGCAUCUGCAGCUGCGUCUCGAAGGCGGCUGAUCGACGGGCCAUUUCGGCAGCGUGUCGGGCAUCGAGCAGCAGGAUGUCCCACUCAGCACUGCGGAGCGAGAUGAGGCAGAUGGACGUGAUCAUCUUGGCCACGCUGUCCAUCGCGGUGUACCUACACGGCAGGCAGGGCAGGGAGACACGCAGACACAACACAAUGGAUGAAUGUGUGGCAGCCCUGAUGCGUCCUGCCCUUGACGUGUGCGUGUUCACGUACAUGAGCUGCUCUCCCUCAGAUGGCAGGAUGCCCAGCUGAGCCAGGUGGAAGAAAAUGCCGUACUGCACACACACACACCAGCCACAUACGAUGGAUGCAUGAUGGAUGGAUGAGAUUGUGGGUGGGACUCCCCACCCCCCGCAUGUGUGCACGUCAGUGAGGUGAGAGGUUGGCUGCUUACCGAUCCCCACCAGACGAUGGUGAAGUAGAGGAGGCCCUUCUUGACCCACAGGUCGCCGUGCUUGUCCUGCACGCCAUCCGUGAACCGGGCCAGGUAGUAGGCCGACGCAAAGUACCCGAUGUACGCCCCGUACACGCAGCCCCAGCGGAUCAACGGAUUCGCAAACACUGCAGCCCUGCAAUGCAUUAACCAACAAAACACAAACGUGACAAGUGUGUGUGAGUAGAACACGGUACGGUGGGCUGGUGUUUCCUCUGUGUGUGGUUGGGUGAGAGGUGACUGGCUGGCUGGCUGACUGACCAGAGUCCCAUCUGUAGGUAGAUGGCGGUGAUGACCAUGGGGGGCAGCACCUUGCUCAGGGGCUGGUUGAAGAUCAGACGGCCCGUCAGAUACGUGUACAUGGGAGCGGCCAUCGUCCACUCGAUGAAACGACCACCGUACACACGCCGCCCUGACGGAACAGCACACACGCACAGAGAGACACCACACCUUGCAUUAGUUAAUGUCGCUCGCUGGCGUCAGUGAGUGUGUCGGUCUGUGUAUCUCACCGACGACUGGGUCGAGGAAUGCGGGUACCAUGUCGUUGGCGAGGAAGAUGUACGAGGUCAUGAUGACGCUCACAAUGGUGACGUUGACGGUCGACACCUUCAGCUUGAAGUGCAGGUGGGCGUGGUCGGGGUGCUUCAAGAUGUUCACUAUCGUAAACACCAUCGGAAACAACUGCACACCACCGAGACACACACACACACACACGAUGUUCAUUCGUCCACAGUGGGCGAGACAUGUCCCCUCUCUCUCCCUCCCCCCCUGUGUUUUGGGCAGCCGGCUUACUUCCAUCAUGACGACGGUGCCAAGUACGUAGCAUGCGAUUUCGAAGAAGUAGAGCUCCGCACGGUUGGUGUGGACAGCGGGGUCGAUGCGCUGUGCCGAGUAGAAGUGCAGGCUGCCCAGCAGCACCGCCCAGAUGGCCGCAUACGUCCCCGUGAAGACCGCACUCUCGUAGAUGUUGAGUGUCUGCUUCUGCAGCACCUCCUUCUGCUCCUGCGUGUAGUCAGGAUCAAUUGGCUGCACGCGCACAAAGCACACCCAUGCACAUACGCAGGGAGGGAGAGAUGGUCAAGGUCAAGCACAUCAGCGCAUCUCCCAUGUGACCCUCAGGCAUGCCGCUCACCUUCAGAAUGGAUGCCAUCGUGACGCGUUGAUCAACUCGUUCAACUCACAAAGCAAAACCCGUUUGGCGCUUCUGGUGAAAGUUUGGUCUCUGAAUUCUCUUGUCCUCCUGGCUGCAACGGUUAGCUGCACGUCGGAUUUCCACCGGACUUCGGAUUUCCACCGAAGUAUCCGCGAGAGGCAGGUCAC